AUGGACUUCCUUUCAAGCAAUCUAAGCUUUGUAAAUCCAUGCAAAGUUAGGACGCUGGUGGUACCUAUAGGCAAAUGGAAGAAACGAGACUUUCUAAAUCAAUUUGAGACACUCAGGGCAAAUAACGAGGUUCGGUUACUUGACAUAACUCCUAUCGAUUGUCCAUUAUUUACUCCGCAGGCUUUUCCAAACGGUAGGGUAUUCUAUGAUUUUACUAUCAGUCAACAUGCUGAUGCAUUAGAUCUUUUUCUCUAUGACUUCGAACCCUUUAGAAAGAUAUUUGUUAUAAUUGGUCUAGUAAAUGACAAGAGUGACCCUGUUGACAAUAUGAAUAUCUUAAAAGAACGUUACCCAACUGUCAUAUCUCACAACCUUUUGUACACGGACAAGAGUUUGAUCAAUUCAGAUGUAGAAAAUCAAGAUAUAAGUAAUAUCUUUCAUUACAACUCUGACAAACUAGAAAACUACGAGACUAUUUUAUGUGAUAUUACAAGAAAUUUCCUUGUCGCGUUAAAUCAUUAUUACUCAUCUUACAAGCAUGUCACCCUCAGAUCUCCGGGAGCAAUUGGAGGAAACGCGGUGCGUAAGACGAGUUUAUUGAUGUCUGCUUUGCCUGGAAAUCAAUCAAGAGGAUCUGGCUCUCUUUACAACUCGAAUUCAACUAAUACUAACAAGAGGUUAUCCUCAUUUGAAAUGACCACCAAUAAUAUAAAGAGAUCGGCAUCUUUAAAACUGUCUACAUCUCUAGCUUCAACAGAUAAUAAAAUACAAACAAGAGCACAGGGAAGGCAAUACAAAAUUUUAGGUAAUUUCCAGUUAUUAGCAGGAAGGGUGUCAGAUGCAUUGAAUUCAUUUAAUGAAGCAGUUAUAUUGCUAUACAGGGUUAGAGAUCUCUUGUGGCUUGGAUCAGCUCUCGAUGGAGUUGCAAUAUGUGCUGUUAUAUUAUCAUACCUACAGAUGCCAUUUAAAAUACCGCAUAUUGUUGCACUAAUUUGUCCAAUGGAAAGCCCGAAUAAUAGUAUCGAAGCUCUCAGCCCCAGGAAUAGUUUGACUAAUAGUGUCCAGUCUCCAAGGAAUUCUUUAACUUUAGCUACCUCCGAGGCUAAUAUCGAUGUCGAUAUGUCAAACUUGCCAGUACUAGUGAAAGCUAUUCUUGACAAAGCUUUGCAUUAUUACGAUGAAAGUCUUUCACAUAAUAGUGAGUAUGCCCCACAAAUUGUUUAUUCUCAAUUUCUCUCACGUACUUUGAGUUUUAUGUUAUGCUGUAAUUCGGCAGUUGUACAGUCGCAAAAUGUGGCCUCAAGCAUAAUAAAUUGCAACUACUCCAAUAAGCCUUUAAAAGACUGCGAGAAUUUAUCCUUUUCUAAUUCUGACGUUUAUUCUUUUUGUGGGAAGGUGUUGCUGCUGAAAAUUGAUGAUAUGGAAUUAGAGGAACAGUCAAGUAUUUUCUCGCUAUUGUCAAAAGCUUAUGCAUCUCUACAACUUACAAGAAAACAAGCAUUUACCCUACGGUUACUCUUGGUUUCAAUUUCUUCACACGCAGAAGGCUUAAAAUGGCAGCAUAGCUUUCAAAAUUUUCUGGACACAGUGAUGAGAUUAUAUGAUAUUCAUGAAUCAGCAGACUCUAAUGAGGUAAAGAGUAAUUCAUUGGAAUGGCGAGAACUUCAAAAAGACAUAAUAGAGUUAUGCUUACAGAUUAGUGUCAGCAUGAAAGCUGAGUCCAAUAUGAGGGAUUAUGGGUUGUUAAUGCUCAAUAAAUACAAUGAUAUGCUGUCUGAAACUGAACAGAAGGAAAUUUUGCAGGUAAUUCUCAAGCCUCUGAUACAAAAUUUGAAGAUUAAAGAAUACUGGGACCCUUUUAUCCUAAGAGGAGUUACAAUCUCGAGGUUAGAAACAGAUUCAGCUUCUUAUGAUACUCUUAGAAUACCCAAUGAAAAUAGUAUUGCUACUGCUCAAAAAAUCAAUCCACAUGAGGUGUUUAAUCCAUUCAAACAAGCCAACUCUCUAAAUCUAAAAACUUCAGGAAGCUCUGACAGUAAACCAAAACUAUUUCUGGUAGAUGAUAGGGCCGAAUUUAGCUGUACCAUCCAGAACCCUUAUGGUUUCGAUAUUACAAUAUCAGAUAUACAUCUACCAGACGAAAUAACCGAUUAUUGUGAACUAGAUACACGAAGUUCGGUUAAAGAUAAUCCUUAUGUUAUUGGUGCCAAAUCAGUACGAAACAUCACCUUACCUAUUAAGAUAAAAAAAUCAACAGCCGAUGAUUUUCUAUUCUUGAGAUAUUUGAGACUUUCAGUCUUAGAUCUACCCUUGUCAAGAUUUGAUGUAUAUCCAAUGCCGCAAAAUGGGGGUAUUAUUUCUCCAUUAAAUAUUAAUUUAAGGACGACACCGCCCUUGGAAUCAGAAGCACUUACUUUCAAAAUUCUACCCGAACAACCCGAACUUGAAGUAAUGAAUAAUGGAAAGGUAACGGGAAACUCUUGGAUGUUACUUGAUGGUACCAAAUCUCAAUUCACAAUUUUGAUACGAAAUAAGUCAUUAUCCAAGUCGAUAGAUCAGUUGAAUGUAACUGCUGUUACCAAUAUUGAGCAUGCUUUAAAGGCCGACUACUGGAAGAAAAUGCAACCAGAUGAUUUAAAUAUACUAGAAUCGAAUAUAAUGUGGAUGAAAAAUGAAUGUAUCAAGAUAUUGAAUAAGCCAGAGCAUGUACAACCAAAUGAAAUUUUCGAAUUGAAGCUGGAGAUUGAUACAGUGCGUGCUCCAUUUGAGUUUGAAUCUUUUAUAGUUGUUGUCGAGUAUGGUAUGCAAGAAGAAGACAAAUCCUGUUUUUAUAUGAAAAAACUCAAAAUUCCUUAUGAAGUAACCUUACGAAGAAGUAUUGAAGUCCCUAAUAUGGAUUUGAUUCCUUUAAACCAUAUGAAUUUUACUAAUACUAGCGAUUCCAGUUGGAUUGCUUAUAUACAAUCUUUGUCAAACAAAUCUAAUGAUGCAUUUAGCUACUCUGCUAAAGAUUACAUGCUGCUUUUACUUGAUUUCAGAAAUUCAUGGAUUGAUGGCAUACACAUCGAGGUGACAUAUGAAGAUUUUGUAAGCAAAGGCCAUUUGGUAGAGUCAAAUCGAAAUUUGAGAAUUAUUGUACCUAUUAGGAAAAUCGAUGUUGAAAAAAUAAACUUUUCGAAUAAACCAAUUCCCCGGAUAUUUAAAGAGAGACAAUUUCUGCAAAGUGGAAUGGACGAAAACACUGAGAUAACUAUGCGUGAAUGCUUCUGGACAAGAGAAUAUAUCCUCGAAAGACUGUCUUGUCGAUGGGAGUUGAGUACAGAUUCCUUAAUAAGAGGAGAAGUUGACUUUAGGAAAUACAUCGAAAAGUUUGACAACAGAACUGUGGCCAAUUUGUACAAGGGUAAGCUUCCUUUUUCGAUUACACUUUCUAGUAGUUCAAAAUCUUCAACUACUGGUGAAUUAAAUAGAAUAUCAUGCCAGAUUUCACCUCAAACAGUUCAAAGACAACAUUCUCGAAUUCAGCAGACUGCAUUGUUAAAUUUCUUUAUAUUUGAACAUUUUUCUUCGAAACUGCUACCAAAAUCUAACAGGAGGUUACUUUAUAAUGGAUCUCUGUCUCAAAAAUUUUCAACCAAUAGUGAGAGUACAGUGUGUUUAGAUGUGAUUCCUAUAGAACCGGGAUGUUAUGAAAUUUGCGUCUGUAUUUCAGAAACUGAAAGUGUAGAUAAGGUCUUGCAGUUUAAUCCUGACAGCAUUCUUGUCGAAGUUAAUUAG